AUGUUUGGGCCCGCACAAACGACAACAAAUCGUAUGAACGAUUUUGAGGUGGCAUCGCCGCCCGAUGACUCCGUCUCCGCGCUCGAGUUCAGUCCAAGCACAUUGCAAGUGCAAAAAAAUUUCCUCAUUGCCGGCAGCUGGGACAACAGCGUGCGCUGUUGGGAGGUGGAACAAAAUGGAGCCACAGUGCCAAAAUCUAUGAAAACAAUGGGUGGACCAGUGCUCGAUGUGUGCUGGUCCGAUGACGGAACCAAAGUGUUUAUGGCUUCCUGUGACAAACAGGUCAAGCUUUGGGAUCUCGCCUCCGAUCAGGUAAUGCAAGUUGCUGCCCACGACGGACCAGUCAAGACUUGCCACAUGGUAAAAGGACCAAAUUAUACGUGCCUAAUGACCGGCUCCUGGGACAAAACGCUCAAGUUUUGGGACACGCGCACACCCAAUCCCAUGAUGGCCAUUAAUCUGCCUGAACGCUGCUAUUGUGCAGAUGUUGACUAUCCCAUGGCCGUGGUGGGCACUGCGGGUCGUGGCCUGAUCAUUUACUCGCUGGAAAACAGUCCCACCGAGUACAAGCGACAGGAGAGUCCGCUCAAAUACCAGCAUCGCACGAUAUCUAUAUUUAAGGACAAGAAGAAGACGCCCACAGGCUAUGCGCUGGGCAGCAUAGAGGGACGCGUGGCCAUACAGUACGUGAACCCAGUAAAUCCCAAGGAUAACUUUACAUUCAAAUGCCACCGCUCGACGGGUACCUCGGGCUUCCAAGAUAUCUACGCUGUAAACGACAUUGCAUUCCAUCCCGUGCAUGGAACUUUGGUCACAGUGGGAUCGGAUGGCACAUUCAGUUUCUGGGACAAAGAUGCACGAACCAAGCUCAAAUCCAGUGAAGCCAUGGAUCAAUCUAUUACGAAAUGUGGCUUCAAUGCCAAUGGGCAAAUAUUCGCAUACGCUGUCGGGUACGACUGGUCCAAGGGACAUGAAUACUUUAAUCCGGCCAAAAAACCACAGAUUUUCCUGCGCUCCUGCUAUGACGAACUAAAGCCGCGCGUCAACUGAUCGGAAACGUGCUUUAGUUUUAGUCACGACAUGUUCUGCGAGUAAUAUCAA